UUUGUAGAGACACUGGCUUUGUUCCCAGGUUAGUCUCAAACUCCUGGCUUCAAGUGAUCCUCCAGCCUCAGCCUCCCAAAGUCCUGGGAUUACAGCACUUGGAUUCAGCUCCUUCAGUUCCAACAUGGAAGAAACUUACACCGACUCCCUGGACCCUGAGAAGCUAUUGCAAUGCCCCUAUGAUAAAAACCAUCAAAUCAGAGCUUGCAGGUUUCCUUAUCAUCUUAUCAAGUGCAGAAAGAAUCAUCCUGAUGUUGCAAGCAAAUUGGCUACUUGUCCCUUCAAUGCUCGCCACCAGGUUCCUCGAGCUGAAAUUAGUCAUCAUAUCUCAAGCUGUGAUGACAGAAGUUGUAUUGAGCAAGAUGUUGUCAACCAAACCAGGAGCCUUAGACAAGAGACUCUGGCUGAGAGCACAUGGCAGUGCCCUCCUUGCGAUGAAGACUGGGAUAAAGAUUUGUGGGAACAGACCAGCACCCCAUUUGUCUGGGGCACAACUCACUACUGUGACAACAACAGCCCUGCAAAUAACAUAGUUAUGGAACAUAAGAAUAACCUGGCUUCAGGCAUGCGAGUUCCCAAAUCUCUGCCUUAUGUUCUGCCAUGGAAAAACAAUGGAAAUGCACAGUAACUGAAUACCUAUGUCACCAAAUGCCAGACCAUAGAAGACUCUUGCUUCUUCCUGCUCCAGUGGGUUCUUCAUUUUCCUCCAUCUAAUUAUAGAAUGAUAAUCUCUCUGUGACUUUCUAAACUGACAAGUACAGUUUUUUCAUCCCCCUCUUGAAUCCUCAUUUGAUACAAGAACCCUCAUACUCAGAAGCUUUCAAAUAAACCUGUGAUAUAGAU